AUGAAUGGUCACAGCAAGGCCGCCUUCGCGAAUGCACCUGGUGUUACCUACGACGGGCAGCUCCGUGUUUUCCGUCUUCGAUGCAAGGACUCAUUGUACGCCUUUCGCGUCGAUGAUGCUCGCAAUCUCGAGCAUCUCUACUGGGGUCCGCCGCUCCCCACGGGCGACGAUAUUACAUAUCUUAUCCGAUCCCAUGUCCCAACCCCCUUCGAUCCUAGAGGCACCAUCUCCAUCGCCAAGAUACUAGGCUUGGAGGAACUCGACACCAUCGACAACGUCGAGGAUCUCUCCGAGAAAUGGAAAGUCUUCACCAAGCAGAAGAACGCAGAUGGGGUCGAAGUCGGGAAGCGUGGCCGUCGUCUCGAGAACGCCUCAUGGCGUCUCUGGAGUCGGGAGCGCAGUCGCGGUGGCGAUCUUAACCGCGAUCUAUCCGAAGCCACCCUGGAACGUACUUUGAACGAGCUCUCGGAAUCCGCUAGUGCCUCACAAUCUGAGGAGGUGUCCGUUCAUUUUCCAGAUCGCCCUGUCACUCCACAUGCUACCGCAAACGGACCAACACGUUCUGCUGGACCUAUGGGACUUGGCAUGCGUAGAGCAAAGGCCAGUGCUAGUAUGGCUGACGUUUCUGCUGUUGCCCAAGCCCAUGUCCAGGGUGCCAGAUCCGGCAUUUUUUCUCCACUAGAACACCAUCGGUCGUCCCAUGAUAUGGGUAUGGCAGGUAAGAGUGGACCGGUGAGUCCACGUCUCAAGUACAAUGCAGCCGGUCAAGUUUAUAGCCCUGUUGCUGGCUCUUUUGGCGACCUUUCCAUGGUUGAACAAGCCACCAACUGGGGUGCCCUUGACCCCGAGAUCCUCGGCAAGAAUACCAAGCUGCUCGAGUUUUCCGAUGCUUGUACUGGUGACUACAGAGAUGCUUCAUUCAAGGUCGUCUUUUCGAAGGAUGGCUCCUCAGUCUGUCCCAUUCAAUACAAAGGCUACAAGAUUAAAGAAGGCAAAGUCCUCAUGCCAUCUCCGAUGCCCGCGAUGUACACAGAUAGUGUCGAGGAAGCGACGACCUUGAUCGUUGAAAUGGAAGAUAUCCUCUCUGGUUUACGCUUUAACCUGCACUACACCGUUAUGCAUGACUACGACAUUAUCACUCGUCGAACUGUAAUCGUGAAUAACGGAAGUCAUCCCGUCAAUUUGGAACACCUGGUGUCGGGCACGUUUGACUUUGAUGCUGAGACGAACUACUACAUGACGGAGCUCGCUGGAGGAUGGGCGCGAGAGCGAGCAGUGGUCACUCAGAAGCUGGAAUACGGCGUCACGGUUGUCAAGUCUGCCCGAGGUGCGAGUUCGCACCAGUUUAACCCCUUCAUUGUCGUUUCUCCGAACGAAGAACCGGCGGAGGAUCACGGCGAGGUUUUCGGAUUCGCGCUAGUGUACUCGGGUAAUUUCAAUGCCGUUACCGAGAUUACAGAGUUUGGCCGUCUGCGAGUCAAUAUUGGCCUCAACCCUGAGAGCUUCAAUUGGCAUUUGGACAAUCAAAAAGGAAACAACACGUUUUCAACUCCUGAGGUCAUCAUGACCUACAGCAAUGAAGGGCUGGGAAAGAUGUCAAGAAUACUACACAGGGCGAUCAGGGAACGUCUGAUUCCGCGAAACUCGAGAUACAAAAUCCCCCCCGUACUUAUCAACACAUGGGAAGCAGCCUACUUCAAUGUGAGCCAUGAAAUUGUCGUCGAAAUUGCCCAAGCCGCUGUUAAAGCGGACAUUGAACUGCUUGUUUUGGAUGAUGGAUGGUUUGGGGUCCGGCAAAACACGCUGAGUGGGCUGGGAGAUUGGUAUCCGAACCCUGAUAAGUUCCCAUUUGGAAUUGAUGGUGUUGCCCGAGCCGUUAACGAAAUCGGAAUGAAGUUUGGCAUCUGGAUUGAACCAGAAAUGGUUUCUCUAGAGAGCGAUCUGUAUCGUGCCCAUCGUGAUUGGUGCCUUUGCGUGCCCACGAGAAGUCGGACUACUGGACGGAAUCAACUAGUACUCGACUUUUCCCGGAAAGUUGUGCGAGAGCACAUCUAUGACUUGUUACAUAGCUUAUUGAGCUCCGCCAAUAUUGAGUAUGUGAAAUGGGAUAUGAAUCGUCACCUCACUGAAGUAUUUUCGCAAGAAUGGCAUGCAGAGAGGCAGGGAGAAAUAGCUCAUCGAUUCAUUCUUGGCGUGUACGAGGUGUUGGGCCGACUGACAGAGGCGUUUCCAAAGGUGCUUUUCGAGACUUGCUCCGGGGGAGGAGGUCGAUUCGAUUGCGGGAUGUUGUAUUUUUCGCCACAGAUCUGGACUUCAGAUAACACGGAUGCUCUAUCACGUGUGUCGAUUCAGUAUGGUACAUCACUUGUGUACCCAGCAUCGACAAUGGGCGCACAUAUUUCCACGGUACCGAAUCAUCAGACACUGCGGACGACGCCGAUGAAAACUAGGGCAGUAGUUGCGAUGUCCGGUACAUUCGGUUACGAGUUGGAUCCGCGAGAAUUCAGUGAGGACGAUAUCUCAGAGGUGCAAAGGUAUAUUGAACUUCAGAAGCGAAUUGCACCACUUGUGUAUAAAGGGGACAUGUAUAGGUUGUGGUCGCCCUUCAAGUCAGACUCCGCUGCAUGGAUGUUUGUCUCGCGGGACAAGAAGCACGCGGCCGUAAUGGCCGUGAGCAUCAGACGUGUAGUCGGGCGUCUCCUUCCACGAUUGAAACUUCGGGGAUUGGACCCUGACACGGUUUACCACGUGGAGGAACUUUGCCCUGGGACAGUUGUGCGGAACGCUGACACAGGCGCGAUGGACCAUGCACCCACGGGCGUGUACCAGUAUGGAGCGCCAUUGACGAUGACAGGACGUACAAUGCAGAAUGCGGGGCUGCCCGUGAAGUUUUUGUUUGAUGCAGAUUCUGUUUUGUUUGAAUUGAAGGCAGAUGUUUUGAUGUCGCAAGCGAGGGCCAUGGCCGAAAUCACGAUAUAAGGAAACUGUGAAUAGAAGCCACACAGCGUGGUUUAUUUCAACAUAGAGUGGUAAAAGAGAGGUCAUUGACAUUUGUUUUGGGCUUUUUACGUAGACAUGGUACCAUACGACCUUUCCCUUUGAAGUUCACUCGGACGGAAGCGAUGAAUAACGGUCGUGUCGAGACUGGGGGUGUACGACGGGGAGCAGGGUGGACAUAAAGUACAGGAGCUACGGGAAGACGGGCGAGGAGGGCAUGUGAUGCCUUAAUGGUGGGUUAGCCUGGAGACAUUUAACAGUAUCAUACACGUGUACAGCAUACUAAAGAUUUCUUUAUAAGAACGAUUUGAUUGGGUCUUGGUCUAUCGAAAUGACAAAUUGCCAUCGACCACGUGUCCAAGGGCAUGUCACGGAAAUGGCUGUGCGUCUGAACGAACAAAUGAAAGGUCAACGUCAUCACUUCUGUACAGACAUCGGACGGUCGGAUACGGGAAGGCGCGCUCUCCUUAACGAGGACACCCCACUCUUUCGAAUUUCCUGAGCAGGGACGUAACGCUCCCUCGCAAUCACACCGCGUCGCUUGCAUCUCCCUCUUCACAGCGUCGCCGGAAGGCCUUGUCGCGUGUCUCUUGAGUCUGUCGCCAACUAGGUGCAAUGGGGAAGCGGAAGCGUGCCACCAAGCCCCCGCCAAAGAAGAAGGCCGCCAAGCUGGAGAAGAUUUUCGACUGCCCGUUUUGUGGCCACGAAAAAACCGUCGACGUCGCCAUCGAGAGAGAUAUCAAUGUAGGCAAGGUUGAAUGUCGCGUCUGCGGUGUCAAAUUUUCCGCCUUGAUAAACCGUCUCGAAGAGGAGAUCGACGUCUACUCCAAAUGGAUUGAUGCAUGUGAAGCAGCAAACCGGGAUCCAAACGAACUCCCGGAACCCAAGGAAGAGACGAAACCAGAGGAUCAUCUUCCGCCGGCUGUCGAUGAUGACCUUGAAGCCGACGCGGAGGACGACCUCAUUUAAUAUGUUCACAACUACCAGUGUACUUAUGUCUACUCAGCUUUCGUAUAUAGCGAUGGAUUUCUGCACGGCCGGAUGCAUGCGUUGUGAGGCGCCCUUUUUGAACCGAAUCUGCCGCCCCGAUACCGCCCACAGCACAUAGGUUUUACCAGCGACACUUACGUUCCUAGCUCAUUUUGCACACUGCUACUGAGAGCACUUCCGCCGCAUUCGACCUGCAAUUUUCCCUGUCGCAACUUCGUCAGAACAUUUUGCAAGAGCGCGUAAAUUUCAUUUCGAGCCGUCUCGAUAAACA